UAACCCCGACCAUUCUUCAACUUCCCUCUCCGUCCAUUCGAUUCUUUGUUCUUCCCACCGCUUCCUCCGCCCAUGGCGGCCGCCACCACCGCAACGCCCUCCUCCUCCUCCUCCACCACCAAGAACCCUAACCCCUUCAAUCUGCCGCCAUGGCUCCGCUGCCCCCUCACCUUCCUCUGCCCGCCCCCUCCUCCUCCCCCGCCGCCCCCUCUCCCGCCGCCCCCGCCGCCCCCACAGCCAGCGGUGGUGCCUCUGGAGCCGCGGCGGAGGCUGCCGGGGCUGCGGGUGACCACGGAGUACGACAGCGAGGAGGCCGUCUUCGCGCACAAGGUGUCGUGCAAGCUCGCGGGCGGGCUCGCCAAGCUGCGGCUGUCGUUCCAGAGCGAACCGCAGGGGCAGGGGGAGGACCCGCGGCACCUCUUCUCCACCCCCGUACUCGGGUUCGUCACCAAGCACUUCUCCGCGAUGUAUGACGUUGAGCGCAACAACACGCUGCUCCGCGGCAACGCCUCGCUCCCCGGUGGCGCCGUCCAGCUUCGCGCCUCGCACGAUGUCAAGGAGCAAGAAGGAGAAGUUGCAGUGAUAACUAGGUUGGGUGAUCCAUCUUAUAGACUUGAGAUAUCAUCUUUGGUGCCUUACAGUGGUUUGCCAAGAGCAACACUCCACUUUCCAAUCGGUCAAGUUUCAGUGGAAGAGAGGACAAAUGAAGACGACCAGAAAAUGUUGUCUGUGUAUGGGGCUGCAAAAGCUGAUUUUUUAGAUGGCAUUCUUACUGCCCAAUACAACGAGAAUGAUCUGAAUCUGAGAUAUUGUUAUAAGGACAACGAAGUAACUUUAAUUCCAAGUGUCUCCUUGCCUUCCAAUGCCGUAUCGAUGGACUUCAAAAGGCGUUUUGGUCCUUCUGAUAAGUUAAGCUAUCAUUUUAACUUCGACACUGAUGACUGGAAUGCUGUUUAUAAGCAUACGAUCGGUAAAAGUUACAAAUUGAAAGCUGGUUAUGAUUCAGAGGUGCGAGUUGGAUGGGCUUCGAUUUGGGCUGGACAAGAAGAGGGCAAAGCGAAGACUGCACCGAUGAAGAUGAAAGUUCAGCUGAUGCUUCAAGUGCCCCAGGACAAUUUCCGCAAUCCUUCUGUACUAUUUCGCGUGAAGAAAAGGUGGGAUCUGUAGACUGGCACAUUCCUCAUAUAUGGAGAUGCAGUGCUGGGUACCGAGGCUUUGUCUAACCUUUCGUGUAAGCAUCAUAUGUCAUCAGUGGCUACACAUGCUGCAAGCCCUAACUAUUUUUAUCAUUUAUUCUAGCUUAUUGUGCAUAAUGGCGUCAGUCCUCUGACUUCAUUUACAAAGUGUAUCGAUGUCAAUGGUUACAGGGCCUCGUAAUUCUUGUC